AUGGCCGCAAUCCAGCUUCAACUUUCAAGGUCAUUGCCUCCCUCGCGCCUCAGAUCUUCAUCCGACCCUUUCGUCGACCCCGCCAAGCAGAAGCAGCGUCCUCCUCCUCCCCCUCCAAAGUCGAAACCCUCAGCUAGAAUGCCAGCUUCUUUACCUACCGUACUCAAACAGAUAGCAGUCCUCGUACGAGAAUGGGGCGGAGCCAAACGGCUAUCUCGCCUGCCCAAAAUGCCACUUCUCGCCCAACAGACAGGAGGUCACAAUCUCAGGAUUCAGGAGGUAUAGUAGAGAAACCUCGCUCGAACGGCAAAUCUCGCAGCAAGAAAGGCUCACAGUACGCCGACGUUAUCGACCGGCUAGAUAUUACGGGUGUGGGUCCCAUGUUCCAUCAUGAUGGUCCAUUCGAUGCAUGUGCUCCAUCUCGUAACAAACAUCGGAAUAAGGCACCUAUGCAUGCCUGGACCGGUGGAAAACCCGACCAUGCUCCGAUUGGUGACAGCGCCUAUCCUUCCGCCCUCGCAUACCAAGCAUUUUCAAAUGAUUACCCCGACCCACCAAAGAAGAAAGUCGACGCCAUCGCAGAAGCCUGGGGUAUUCAUGAGCCCGAGCCAUUCGAAGAGUUUUUCGCCGGAGGAGGCUCCACGAGACUGGACGGGGAUACCCCGGCCAGCUCCAUCUACAACGGCAAAGAUUCCCAUGGCUCACUCUCUACGUCUCACAGCAGCCCCGCAACAAGGCGCCCAAAGGAGGACAAAGAUGCACGUUCACGUGUUGCCGCACGGCGCUCACUUGUUCCUCCUCCUCAACCCAUCUUCGUUCCCGAUCAAUCCACCACUGCCGACGUACCACCGGGCUCUCCGCCCCUUGGUUCUCCCGGAUUUCCUAAUCGCUCGAAAUCGCUGAUGCAUCGCAUCCGCAAAAUGCGGGAUGCACCCAACGUACCUGUGUCUGCAGAUUAUCAGCAACCACCCUCUCCAUCCACUCAAGCCGUCAAUUACCAAUCUGAUUCGGGUACUCGUCCCACCCAUCGUUCGCAAAACUCUUUCCUUGGUCGAUUUGGAGGCGGAACACGGAACAAUCCUGCUUCUAUACCAGAGAAGCCCGAGCCUUUCAUUUUUAUUGAUGCCCAGAACCAGAAUCAAACGAACAAAGAGUUACCGGCUACGCCAAUGAAUCGCGGAACGACUCCUCCAGGAGAGGAGAGUCCCCCCGGUGCAUAUUUCGAUGGUAAUCAGGGUGGACCCCUAGGGAGGAAGACCAGUCUCAUGAAGAAGGUGGGCAGAGUGGUUCGCGGAGCAAAGUAAAUGAAAUUGGAAACUUGCCUUUUCCCUCUGUUCUCGCAUCAAACUUCACCGCCUCACAUUCCCUAUGUAUGCUGUACACCUUUCUUUUUUUGUACAACCUCCCUGUUGUACUUUGACCUCCUCAACAACCUU